AUGGCGAACCGCCCAAAUCGAACACCAUCGCCAGGUCAUCCAUCGAAUCAUGGAUACCAACUAGAGGACACCGCACCUUAUGGUAGGCCCGGAGCCUCGCCUGGCCCUGGGGGUCACAACCUCGAGAUUCCUAUGGGCCCCGGACGAUACACCCCAAGUGAUCAGUUGCAGGCACAACCUACGUACUCGGUGGAAAACAUCAACAACUCAUUCGGGCAUAACGAAGAAUACGAGCAACGAUUCCCCCUCGAUCCACACCACAAUUACGAGCAAGACCAUGCUAUCAACCCCGAGCAACAUCAUGAUGCAUACUAUCAACCUCCUUAUCAACCUUCGCCGCACGAAGAGCACCCCCUAACCAGCUAUCCUGCCGCCCACGAGCCAGGCUAUUAUGACCAUGACGACCAGCGCCCUAUCCUCUCAGACACUGGCUAUGGGCCCGAUCAGCAUAAUCAAGAAUACAAGGAUUACGACGGGCAUGGGAUAUCGCCAGCGCCGACGCCUGCUCCCGGUCUAAAACGGUACAAGACAGUGAAGGAAGUGCAAUUGUUUAAUGGUAAUCUCGUGCUUGAUUGUCCGAUCCCACCAAAGCUCCUUAAUAUGGUGCCUCAUGCUCAACCGCCGGAGCGAGAUGAAUUCACACAUAUGCGAUAUUCAGCAGCGACCUGCGAUCCAAGCGAGUUUUUCGAGGAGCGAUUUACCCUGCGACAAAAGCUGUUUGCUAAGCCCCGACAUACUGAGCUCUUCAUUGUCGUGACCAUGUAUAAUGAGGAUGAUGUACUUUUCGCGCGGACAAUGAGUGGAGUUUUCAAAAAUAUCGAGUACAUGUGCUCCCGCAAGGAUAGCAAGACGUGGGGAAAGGACGCCUGGAAGAAAAUCGUAGUCUGUAUCGUCAGCGAUGGUCGUGCUAAGAUCAAUCCAAGAACCAGAGCCGUGUUGGCCGGUAUGGGUGUGUAUCAAGAUGGUAUUGCGAAGCAACAGGUCAAUGGCAAGGAUGUCACGGCACAUAUUUAUGAGUACACGACGCAAGUUGGGGUCAUGGUUAAGAAAGACGUUGUCGAGCUCCGUCCCAAACAGCAACCGGUCCAAUUGCUCUUCUGCCUGAAGGAAAAGAAUCAGAAAAAGAUCAACUCGCAUAGGUGGUUUUUCCAAGCUUUCGGCCGCGUUUUAGACCCGAAUAUCUGCGUUCUUAUCGACGCCGGUACUAAACCCGGCAAAGACUCUAUUUACCACUUGUGGAAGGCUUUCGAUUUAGAACCCAUGUGCGCAGGAGCUUGUGGGGAGAUUAAAGCUAUGUUGGGACCUGGAGGCAAGAACCUUCUCAAUCCCCUGGUGGCAACCCAGAACUUCGAAUACAAGAUGAGCAAUAUCCUCGACAAGCCGCUUGAAUCCGCCUUCGGUUUUAUUUCAGUCUUGCCGGGAGCCUUCUCAGCAUACCGCUACAUUGCUCUGCAAAAUGACAAGGCUGGAAACGGACCCCUCGAGAAGUACUUCGCUGGAGAGAAGAUGCAUGGCGCCAAUGCUGGCAUUUUUACUGCGAACAUGUAUCUUGCAGAGGAUCGUAUCCUUUGUUUUGAGUUGGUCUCGAAGAGAAAUUGCCACUGGAUUCUUCAAUAUGUCAAGUCUGCCACGGGAGAAACCGAUGUUCCUGAUACCAUGGCGGAGCUCAUCUUGCAGCGACGAAGAUGGUUGAACGGUAGUUUCUUCGCCGCUGUCUAUGCCUUAGCUCACUUUUAUCAAUUGUUCCGGAGUGGCCAUAGCUUCCUGCGGAAGAUAAUGUUUCUGGUGGAAUUCACAUUCCAAACUAUUAACAUGAUCUUUGCAUGGUUCGCGAUUGGUAACUUCUUCCUGGUUUUCCAUAUCUUGACAACAUCGCUUGGGGCUGAAAACCUCCUUGGCAAAGUUGGGAAUAUCCUUGGUGUCGUCUUUGAAUGGCUUUAUCUCUUUACGCUCCUCACUUGUUUCGUGCUAGCGUUGGGAAAUCGACCUCAAGGAUCAAAUGGAGCCUACAUGUCUAUGGUUUAUUUCUGGGCUAUUAUCAUGAUGUACCUAAUGUUUGCAUCGGUAUUCAUCACGGUAAAGUCCAUCCAGGAAGAGCUCAAAGACGGCCAAUUUACGUGGACGGACAUAAUCAAAAACCAAAUCUUCUACACGCUGAUCAUCUCCCUCGCCGCAACCUACGUCCUCUGGUUUGUCGUCUCCUUCCUCUUCUUCGACCCCUGGCACAUGUUCACCUCCUUCAUCCAAUACCUGCUCCUCACACCCACCUACAUCAAUAUUCUGAACGUCUACGCCUUCUGCAACACGCACGACAUCACGUGGGGAACCAAGGGCGACGACAAAGCAGAAAAGCUGCCCUCGGCCACAUUGAAACCCGGCGGCAAGGUCGACGUCAAUAUCCCCACGGACGACGGCGAUCUCAACGCCCAGUACGAAGCUGAGAUGCGCAAGAUCAUGGUUAAAGCCCCCGAGGAAAAACGCGAGACGUCCCCCUCGGAAAAGCAAGAAGAUUACUACAAGGGCUUCCGCUCGCGCGUCGUGCUGUUCUGGCUGGUCUGCAACUUCGGCCUCUGCGCCGUGGUACUGAGCACCGCCGGUCUUCAGCGCGUGUCUACAAGCACGGAUGAUACGACCAAGAGCACAAUCUACAUGGCGGUGGUGCUAUACAGUGUUGCCGGGCUAAGCGCAUUUAAAUUCGUCGGCGCCAUGUGGUUCUUGAUCGUCAGGAUGUUCAGAGGAGUUUAG